CAGGAGGGAGGGAGGGAAGGAGGGAAGGAAGGAAGCUGGGAAGCCGCGAGCGAGCGGGGGCGCGAGGCGUUUACCUGGAGGCAGCGGCUGGGGCGCGCAGCGCGGCCGCGGCUCCCCCGCACCUGCGGCCAUGGAUGAGGAGCGCGCCCUCUACAUCGUCCGGGCCGGCGAGGCGGGGGCUAUCGAGCGGGUCCUGCGGGACUACAGCGAGAAGCAUAGGGCUACUUUCAAAUUUGAGUCAACCGAUGAAGAUAAACGAAAGAAACUCUGUGAAGGCAUAUUUAAAGUCCUUGUGAAGGACAUCCCAACAACAUGUCAAGUGUCCUGCCUGGAAGUUCUCCGCAUUCUCUCUAGAGACAAAAAGGUUUUAGUUCCUGUAACAACCAAGGAAAAUAUGCAGAUACUAUUGCGACUAGCCAAGCUAAACGAAUCGGAUGAUUCUUUGGAGAAGGUGUCAGAGUUUCCAGUUAUUGUGGAGUCAUUGAAAUGUCUGUGUAACAUAGUGUUCAAUAGUCAGAUGGCACAGCAGCUCAGUCUGGAACUUAACCUUGCUGCAAAGCUUUGUAACCUCCUGAGAAAGUGCAAGGACCGAAAGUUUAUCAAUGACAUUAAGUGCUUUGACUUGCGCUUGCUCUUCCUCUUGUCACUUUUGCACACCGACAUCAGGUCACAAUUGCGCUACGAGCUCCAGGGACUACCGCUGCUAACCCAGAUCUUGGAAAGUGCCUUUAGCAUCAAGUGGACUGAUGAGUAUGAAUCGUCCAUAGACCAUAAUGGACCUCCUCUCUCAGCUCAGGAGACAGACUGUGCCAUUGAGGCCCUCAAAGCUCUCUUCAAUGUGACAGUAGACAGUUGGAAAGUGCAUAAAGAGAGUGAUUCUCAUCAGUUCCGAGUCAUGGCAGCUGUCCUUCGCCAUUGUUUACUAAUUGUAGGUCCAACUGAAGACAAAACAGAAGAGCUGCACAGCAAUGCAGUCAACCUUUUAAGCAAUGUUCCAGUCUCUUGUUUGGAUGUUCUCAUUUGUCCAUUAACCCAUGAAGAAACUGCACAAGAGGCAACGACUCUAGAUGAAAUGCCCAGUGAUAAAACAGAUGAGAAAGAAACAGUUUUGAAGAACAAUACCAUGGUAUACAAUGGUAUGAAUAUGGAGGCCAUUCAUGUUUUACUCAAUUUUAUGGAGAAAAGAAUAGACAAGGGAAGCAGCUAUAGAGAGGGUCUAACUCCAGUUCUCAGCCUAUUAACAGAAUGUUCCCGAGCCCAUCGAAACAUCAGAAAAUUUCUCAAAGAUCAGGUUUUACCGCCAUUGAGGGACGUGACAAAUCGACCUGAAGUCGGCUCAACUGUGAGAAAUAAGCUGGUGCGCCUCAUGACACAUGUUGACCUCGGAGUCAAGCAGAUCGCUGCUGAAUUCCUCUUUGUCCUUUGUAAAGAGAGAGUGGAUAGCCUGCUGAAGUACACUGGCUAUGGGAACGCUGCGGGACUGCUGGCGGCCAGGGGCCUCUUGGCUGGAGGAAGAGGAGAUAAUUGGUACUCAGAGGACGAGGACACAGACACUGAAGAAUACAAAAAUGCAAAACCAAACAUUAAUCUUAUCACUGGUCAUUUAGAGGAACCAAUGCCAAACCCCAUAGAUGAAAUGACAGAAGAACAAAAAGAAUAUGAAGCCAUGAAACUUGUCAACAUGCUUGAUAAACUUUCCAGGGAGGAGUUGCUUAAGCCAAUGGGACUAAAGCCUGACGGGACAAUAACGCCUCUGGAGGAAGCACUCAGUCAGUACUCUGUCAUCGAAGAGACCAGCUCCGACACGGACUGAAGCGUCACCUGCUCAACUCUCGAUACUGCUUUUAUCAGCAUCUUUUCUCUGUAGCUCCAGGGGAAUCUUUUCUCUACAACAUUUAUGCCCUUGCUUUGGCUAGAAACACAUUAACUGGUUUACUCGUUGAGAAUCCAGCGUAUUUACGAGGUGAUCCUGUGUUUUUGCGAUUCUGAGGCAUUCGUGCAGAGCUGCAGUUAGAGUUGCAGAGGCGAGUCGCCGGGGGGAGAGACCAUUCCGUCCCGCGGGAUGGAGCCCGAGGACUUUCCGCGCAGCAGCCUUGGCUCGGUCUAGCCAUCUGUUCGCUCCGACUCUACAGAAGACUCCUCCCUGUCCGUCCUCGCUGGCCAGAGCUGCCCCUCACAGCUCUGCCAGACAGACAGACGGAGGCUUGGGAGACGCAAAGGGAGUCGCCAAGGGCUGAGGCAAGCGCGGUGUUAGAUCAGGACUGACGGAACGGAAGCCAAGCAGCUGCUCCAUAGUCCCGCCCUAGUCUCACUUCGGUUUUGUAAAAAUACACACACACAACACACACACACACACACACACACACGCAGCCCCAGACUUGCAGACUCAUCACACCUAAGAGGUUAGUUCGUCACUUCCUAGAACUUCAGAAUACAUUUCUCCCCGUGAAGAGUCAUACAUGACGGUUUGGUUCUGAGGCAGCUAUAGAUGCCUAUUUAUUCCCCUCUCACCUGAACACUAGUACCGUGGAACUGAGCCCCAUCUGCCUGUGGCCCGGGGAACAUGCAUUCUGAGGCCCUGCAGCCCUCCGGGACGGGAGCUUGUCGGUGGCCUCUGCCAGGUGCGGAGAGCCAGCCACCCGCUCUGGCCAUGGAGGUCAUCAUGCGUCAUGUGUCAGCUGGGGACUGUGUGUGCUUGUGUGUGUUCUACCCUCCUACCAUAUGUGAUCAGUUUAACAGUAACUUUAUUUAUUUAAAAAAAAACACGUAGUUACUGUUAAAUUGAUUAAAGCUGUUUAGUUUUACUCCUAGAAUUGGUCAUAUGAAGAAGUAGAAAUUGAAUCAUGCAAUAGACAGAGGACCUAGUUCAUCAGUGGCUAAAGUUGAAAGGGGUUGGUUUCCUUUUAUAUCCAUAUAUGUAUGUGGGUAUAUGCAUGCAUAUACACAGGUGCGUGCAUAUACCCACAUAGAUAAUGUGCUUAACCACUGCCUUUUAAAACUUUAAAUAAAACAUUGGGGUUGAUUCAAUUUAGCCAUCUGUGUGUGCUUCUUUAUAGACAUAUGAGGUAAACAAUACUGUCUCAUAAUUUAUGCUUUUUAAAAGUGCUUUAACAUCCAUUAUUCUCACUUAUAAUAAACCUUUUUAAAGAUAGGGAAAAAUACAUGGAAAUUAGAGAGAAGCUAUUUAUCCAGAAGUCACUUCUGGCAAAAAAAAAAAAAAAAUCAGGAAUAGAAUUUUUAAGAGGCCUUUUAGCCGCCAAAAGAGAUAUCUAAAUAUCUUGCAACUUACUAUAGGCGAGAUCCUCAAGAAUCUCACUUUUUGCCUUUUUACCUAAAUUUGCAUACAUUUCUAACGUUUAGUACCUAACUCCCCACCCCCGCCCACCCCCAAACAGUGGCCCUGAAGAGAGAGCGAGAUAGGCAGGCCCGCCAGCACGGCUGGACAGAAACAGGAGCACAGCCCCGCAAGCCCAGGACUGCCCACCACAGGUGGCCCAGAGGUGACGUCCUCAUAAUGACCCCUUCCUGGCUUCCCAAACAGAAACUAAAUCCAGAAUUCUCUACCAAAGGAGAGGAAGGGCCCCGCAUCGUCCGGGAUUCUCUGUUCCGAGACCCGGCGUCGGGGCUGUGGGCGCCCCUGUUUGAACAGAAUGAAGUCUGGUAAUUCGGGAUUUUAGAUUUAAGUGAAAAAGUUUAGAAAAAAAAAAUCAAAGAAGUAUUUUUGUUACUUCAUUCUACAAAUGCAUUUUUUAAGUAUUUUUAUAAUUUCUACAGUCAGAUCACUUUGGCAUGAGUGUCAGUUUCCUUGGUGGAGACUUGUUGCGUGAAGCGCCCGCCUUCCCCCGCCUGAGGCCUGAGUGUCCCGGCCGCGUCCGUGUCCGUGUGCUUCUGUGUCCGCUGAGCUCUGUCGGGUCGAGGGGGCCACCGAGCUUUCCCUGCACCGGGAGAGCUGGUGGGGGAAAGACGAGCGCGCCCUCACCGUGCCGCUGUCCGCGUCUCUCGUCUCCUGUCACCGCAGCACAUCUCGUCCUAAAGGCCCUUUCUGGGAGCCCCCCGCCCCCCCCACCCCCCACAGGGCCCGCCCUGGGACAGCGAGGCUGGGAGAAUGGUACUUCUCAGGCCAUUUUAAGCAAUAAUUCUUUCAGCAGAACCGGUUUGAAGAACUUUUCAGGGGUGACCUGAAGUGGAAGCAGGACUGGAAAACGUGUGGCCAGUACCGGUGUCAAACACGGGCCUCGAGGCCUCCAGGCCGCCGGCCAGGGCAGUGGCUCAGAGGCUCCCGCGGGCAUUAGGAGAAAACACUGACAGCCCCCCGGCUCCCCAGUCCUCCCGGGCCCUGGCGCGGGGCGAGCAGGCACGUCGCAACAUGGAGCACCGGAGCUGCUGCUUUCGAGCAAGAGGCAAAAAGAUUUGGGGGGGCCCGGCACACCUCAGUGGUCCGUCCUGGGAGGCGGCCAGGACACGAGUCAUCUCCGUGAUAAACGGCGCAAACACUAAACCUUCCCUCCCUGCCACACCGGCCUCCGCCUGCCCCACGCCACCUGUAUCGACGGCCUUUCCUCCCAACUCUAAGAGUAAUAUAUGUUUGUUGUGGAAGUUUGGAAAAAAUGCAGUACUAGUUAAUGCAUCCAAAUCCCACCCCCUGAGAUAAUCACUGUCGAUGUUUUAGUGUGUUUCUGUCCUGUAUUUUUUCUAUGCAUAUAUAAUUUAUUUUACUACAAGAUUGGGAUCAUACUGUAUUUACAGAUUUGUAUCCUGCUUUCUUUAACAUUGUGAGCAUUUUCCCAUGUCAAUAAAUAUUCUUCAAAAACGAA